CUAUUUUUAAUUUUAAAUCGUGCAUCGUUCUAUGAUUUUUGUUUAUCGCUCAUCGUUCAUUUAAUCGUUCAUCGUUCUUUGUUAUUUUAGAAAUCAAACUUUUAUUUUGUAAGUUUCGCUCUGUUAGUUUUAAGACGUUUUUGUAACUUAGUUGUUACUUAAUAUUAACUUUUUUUAUUUUUUUAAUCGCUCUUUUCAAGAUGUGUCAAAACGAAGGAGGAAUGUUGGAAUAAGAGUCGUUUUGAGCAUCAUUAUAUAUAUCGUUCGUUGUGAAAAUAGUUGUACUCGAUUAUUUCUAUGUUGUAAAAGUAGGAUGUUCGAGUAUUCGUAUUUUAUCGUUCAUGGCAGACGUUUUCGUCUCGUUUCUUUUAGUUUGUAAGUUCGUUUUACGUCUAUAUUAUGGCGUUUAUUAUAUAAAUAAAUCGAUAAAAUGAACGUGCGUUGUAUUUAAUAUCGUUUCUAUAAAUCGUACUAUCGAAGAAAAGAUCCACGAACGUAUAUACCCCCCUCUGUUGCACAACAAAAAACGUGGUGAUAACUGAUAACUGAUAACAAUUUUUCGCAAUUUUUGAAUAAUUUUAAUUUAGAAUUUUGAUGGAAUUUUGACUCAAAGCUGAGAUUAUUAAAUUGCUGUUCAGUACGUAGUUUUAAACUUCAGUCCAAUUUUUUAUUUAACUAAAUGAACAUUUCGUGAAAUACCCAGUAGGGAUUCCAGCUCGUCAAAGUCACUCGUCAAAGUCAGACUUCGGUUAUAAAUUCGUCAAGGUUGUUCAGUACCGGCAUAGACAGUACCAAUUUUUACGUAAAUCCUGUAUCAAAGGUACUAAUUUCUAGCGUAUAAUUCAUAAGUAUUAAAAACUGUAAUGCAGCUUUGGACGCUUGGUAGGAUUUAAUGAUCUUGCAUUUUACCUGAUGAGUGAAGUUUUCUCCUCCAAACAAGUCAAACUGCAAUAAUUUGCAUCUUAGCAACUGAAUGAAUUGUUCGAAAUAAAGUUUCGUAAAACACAGACGUUGAAAUUCUAUCUUUCCUGAAUGAUAAUUUCUUUCGUUGGAUUCCGUUACGAUUUCGUAAACAGUUCGAUAAAGAUGGUAUUUCGGAUGUUAAUGGCUCAUUAAAGAAUAAUUUCACGCAGCGUUUCUCAAAGUUCUGAUCUUUAAGCAGUACUUCGUUGGAUUUUUUUCGUUGAAAGCAGCUGCAUCAUUCGGGUUUCAAGAUGUUUUCUAUCUUAGGAGGUCGUACUCAUUUCUCGAAGAAAUUAUAUUUUAUAUAUAGCGAUAGAGUCACAAAAACACUGCCCAAUUUACGAAGUCACGUUGAGUUCUCUAAAAACAUUUCUUACGUGCAAAAAGGUGGCAGCUUGCGAGAUCAUUCCGAUGUUUCAAAGCAGAUGCUUCGUACUCGUAAUGAUAUUUUAAAACCAGUAUCUUUCAGUUUUCCAACCCGCCCCGAUUUUUCUCAGAAAUCGCGACACAAUCACGCAAAUAGCGAAACGAAACUAUUUUCUACUUAUGAAAAACACUACGAUUUUUCAAAAAAGUUGUCUUCCACAAACAGAGAUAAGUUGGAUGAGAUAAGCACUCUGAUUGAAGAAUGGACAAAGCGUUACGAUUCUUUGGGCAAACUCGAUGCCAAUAUUGUCUGCGGUACUUUGAAUACUUUAUCAAAAUUUCACGUUUUUGAUAAGAAAUGGAGUAAAAAAGAUCAGGAAAACUUCAAAGAACUGAUUAUUAAAAUAGUAUUUGAAGCGAAUCGAUUAUUUGACAUGAAUCGUCAACCUUUUUAUAAAUUAAAACCGUGGCAAAUCGCAAAUACCUUGAACGCACUGUCCGGUUGGAAUGUAUUUAAAAAAGAUAUCUGGAAUGCUACCGUUCAAGUGUAUGGUAAAGAAGUAACCGAAGUCCAGCUGUUCAAGUCUGUCAUCGUUAAACUAAUCAAUCAAGGAAACAGUUUACUGGAUCCUAGUAACAAAACAGUCGAUCAAUUCAAUUCUCAGGCUGUAACCAACAGCUUGAAUGCUUUGUCUAAAUGGAACAAGAAUGAGUUGGAAGGAGCCAGCGAAUUCGUUGUUAAAUUGAUGAAACAAGGGUGUAUAGAGGCCAGUAGAUCCGCUUCGACGCAGCAUAAUAUGGAAGAUGAAAAACACAUUUGUAUGGGAGUCAUGAAAACCUUGAAAGCUAUGUCCAAAUGGCACAACGAAGAAUUACAAGGAUCUAAAGAGUUUAUCACUCAAGUACUUGUAAAAGGAAUUUCACUCGCUAAUAAAUUUAAUUCUGUAGAAAUCGCCAACGGUCUAAACGCCUUAUCUAAGUGGAACAUUAAUGAUUUUCAAGAAGCCACUGGAUUCAUCGUUCUGCUGAUCAAACGAGGAAAUGCGAUUAUCGACCAAUUCAACUGUCAAGGCAUUUCCAAUUGUUUGAACGCUUUGUCGAAAUGGAAUAUCAACGAAUUACCGGGCUCCAAAGAAUUCAUAUCUCAGUUAGUUAAACGUGGAAGUGCUACAUCCAAAGGAUUUAAUGCUCAAGAAGUUUCCAAUAGUUUAAACGCUGUGUCCAAAUGGAAUAUCGAUGAAAUACAAGGAAUUCGCAAAUUUAUCGUCGAGUUGGUAGAAUGCGGAAAUUUAAUAGUCGAUAUGUUCAACUCGCAAGAAGUUUCCAGUGCUUUAAACGCCUUUUCUAAAUGGAACGUCGACGAUUUCGAAGGUGCUAAAAAAUUCAUCAAUCAACUAAUUAAACGAGGGAGUUCUACAAUCUAUGGAUUCAAUUUUCAAGAAAUUGCCAACAGCUUGAACGCUCUUUCGAAAUGGAAUAUCGAAGAGUUUCAAGGAUCCGAGGAGUUCAUUGCCAAUUUAGUUCAACGAGGUAGCGCAACAAUGAGUGGAUGUCGUUCUCAAGAGAUAGCCAACAGCUUGAACGCGCUGUCAAAGUGGAAAAUAGACGAGUUACCUGGAACUACUGAAUUCAUCGUUCAGUUAUUGAAACUAGGCAGCUCUACGGUUUUUGAAUUCGACUGUCAAGAAAUCUCAAAUUGUUUAAACGCGCUUUCCAAAUGGAACAUCAACGAGCUUCGAGGAUCUAAAGAUUUCGUUAUUCAGUUAUGCAAAAAAGGUAUUACAACGAGCAAUGAAUCUAUACCUCUAGAUAUAGCUACGAGUCUGAAUGCUCUUUCUAAAUGGAAAAUAAACGAAUUACCCGGAGCUAGGGAAUUCAUAGUCAAGUUGAUACAACGAGGAAGCUCGACAGUGGGUAGAUUCGAUUCUCAGAAUAUUGCCAACAGUUUGAAUGCGUUGUCUAAAUGGAGCAUAGACGAAUUCGAAGGAAGCCGGGAGUUCAUUAUGCAGCUCGUGAAACGUGGAAAUUCAAUAAUUGAUUGGUUUGAUGCUCAAGAAACAUCGAAUUGUUUAAACGCUCUCUCUAAAUGGGAUAUCAAUGAUUUCGAAGGAUCUGAAGAAUUCAUCGUGAAGUUGAUUAAUCGAGGAAGUUGUAUAACUGGCGGAUUUAAUCCUCAUGCUGUUGCUGCUACUUUAAACGCCUUAUCCAAGUUAAAAAUCGAUAUAUCGGAAGGAGCUAAGGAAUUUAUCAUUCGAUUAAUAAAGCAAGGGCAUUCAACAGUCGACAAGUUCAGCUCUCAAAACAUCGCUAAUUGUUUAAAUGCCGUUUCCAAAUGGAAUAUCGACAAAUUCAAUGGAUCAAACGAGUUCAUUGUGGAGCUAAUAAGACGCGGACAUUUACUCGUCGACGAAUUCAAUUCUGUGGAAAUUGCCGGCACUCUGAAUGCUCUGUCGAAAUGGAACAUCGUCGAUUUUCAAGUUGCUGAAGAGUUCAUUGAUCUAUUAAGUGAACGAGGAUGUUCAACAGUUGACGAAUUCCAGCCUCAAGAAAUCGCCAACAGUCUGAAUGCCUUGUCGAAAUGGAAUAUUAAUGAAUUCCAAGGAACUAGCGAAUUUGUUUUGCGAUUAAUAAAGCGAGGGCAUUCAACAGUCGAUAACUUCAAUUCUCAAAGCAUCGCUAAUAGUUUAAAUGCACUGUCUAAAUGGAAUAUCAAUGAAUUCAAAGGAUCGAAAAAGUUCAUCGUGGAGCUAAUAAAGUGCGGAAAUAUACUCGUCAACGAAUUCACUCCUGUGCAAGUUGCAGGCACUCUAAAUGGUCUGUCAAAAUGGAACAUCGGCGAUUUUUUCGGAACUAGAGAAUUCAUUGAUCUAUUAAGCGAACGAGGUUGUUCAACAGUUGACGAAUUCCAACCUCAAGAAAUCGCCAACAGUCUGAAUGCGUUGUCAAAGUGGAAUACUAAUGAAUUUCGAGGAACCAGAAAAUUUAUCGUUCGAUUAGUAAAGCGAGGGCAUUCAACGGUCGACAAGUUUAAUUCUCAUAACAUCGCUAUUAGUCUAAAUGCCCUGUCUAAAUGGAACAUCGACGAAUUCAAAGAGUCUAAAGAGUUCAUCGUGGAGCUGAUAAGAUGUGGAAAUUUAGUCGUCGACGAAUUCGAUUCUGUGGAAAUUGCAGGCACUCUGAACGCUCUGUCAAAAUGGAACAUCGGCGAUUUUCAAGGUGCUCGGGAGUUCCUCGAUCUUUUAGUUGAACGAAAACAAGUUGUUAACAGUUGACGAAUUCCAACCUCUAGAAAUCGCCAACAGUAUGAAUGUCUUUUAUAAGUGAAAUACCUAUUAAUGAAUUUCGACGAGCUAAAAAAUUUAUUGUUCGAUUAAUUAAACGUGGGCGGGUUAAAUUAAAAUUGAAAUAUCAAACCCAUUUUAAAUGUAUAAAAAUGAAGAAUCUUUUAUGUUCUGUUCGAAUUGUUUUUGAUCGCCUGUGUUUAUUUUUAUAAUUUUAUAGUGUACCUAGUUGUAAGGAUGUAAAUUUUAUAACUUACGAGUACUAUUUUCUUAUUUUUCAAAUGUUCAUUUUGUUAUGUGUUUUUUUUUGUUGUUUAUUUUAUUUGCAUUUGCAUUUGCCAGAUGUUAUUUUCAAUAAAUCGAUUAAAAUUGGAA